GUCGUUCAUGAAGCGAGGAAAAAUGGAAUUCUCCUUGCGGACAUGGCUCCAAGUCCGCCAACGAAGCGACGAGCUGGCGCUAGCUUGACACAACGUGGGAAACGAGGAAAGUGGAAGGAGGGGCGUGGACUGGGGCCUCGAAGCCCGAGACAGCGAACGCUCCGGAACUUUUUUGGAGACUCAACGACUCACGGACCGGACCACGAGUCUGCCGGCAGCAAAGAAACUUUCUUUGAAGACGACUUGGAGGAAGUGUUAGAUUUAUCUGGGCAUGCUUCAGAUCCAACGCGCAAGGGUCACCUCGUCGUACCGCUGCCGUCUCCUCCGACCGACUCUCCUGACGAAGAUGGUGAAGGUGGCCAGAAGCCUGAAGCAUUUCGGUUUUAUACUCCUUACUAUCAGCGUGUUUUUGAGGAAGGUUUGAAAAUUGUGCUAGAUGGGGAGGGAUAUCUAUUGAAUCAAGAAGAACUCACGCUUGUAUCGAGGUACAUGAAUUUGCAUGGUAUGAUUUGACAUCUGUCUUGUAAAGGAAAAUGGCUUUUCUCCCGAGAGUGCAAAUGGUUGCGACUGGCAUCCCUGAAGUACCCCGAGAUAGAUGAUAUCCCGCUAGGUGCCGCAGAAUUGUGCAGUUUAGAUUUUGCAGAUAACGAUAUUGAGUCGCUCUCCGAUCUCCUUGCCGUCAUGGGAAUCAUGGAAUUGAAAGAAUUUAUGAGGGACAGUUUGAUGGUGUUUAAGACUACGUCUAUAGUCACCAAGUCGGCUCUCAUUGAAGCAAUUAUUGCGAACGUUAAGUCCCAGCGCCUGAUCACAGGUGAUCCGAUAGCUAGAUUGAGGAAACGGGUCGUGCAGCUUCUGGGACCUAUAAUCAAAAUUAAAGAAACGAUUGUAGAUCUUUUUGAACGAGUGAUGGUGAUUUAUUUCCGAUCUUUGGAUAUUCUCGAACGACCAAUGACGGCAGGUAUUUUGUCGGAAGUGGAAAGGUGGUCAUUUCCAGAAUACGAAGUGGAUCGGAGUCGUAUUUUUGAAAGCAGAGAGAUAUGCAUCCAAUAUUUUGAUGCUUUGAAGCUCCACGCCAAAAUUGAGCGAUUUAUAGAGAAAAGGCUGCUCUCGGAUGCUCUUACACACCUGCCGGAGAUCCAGUCUGCAUGGGAGUCGUGUGUCAAGCAUGGGCGUUUAGCCGAACCAUCACAAUACUUCCUCUUGCAAUUUACGCCACCUCGUGUUUAUACCCUUCUUUUGACAACCUUUGCAAUCCACAUCCUACCACCACUUCAUCAGUACGACCUUGCGAUUUCCUUGCUCCAUAACCUCCUAUCACAGCAAUUUUAUGGUCGCGGGUCGCGCGGGAAAUGGUGGGACCAGCUCUCGCAUCUAAUGCUCAAUCAUGCAGACAUGUCACCCAGUGAUCGGGAAGAAACGUGUCUGGAGCUUUGUGCUGAAGCUGUCCGAGAUCCGCUCGUGCGGGCUGGAAGGCUAGUGAGUAUACGAAAACGCAUGGAGAGGGUGGCAAAAAAAAUCUGGGAACGGAUCCAUUUGAUAGCACGAACUAAUACCGGGAAAGGAAAGCCUGGCAAAAAGGACAAGGUGAUGCUUAGCGGAUGGGAACAAAUUAUACCCUCGGAUGUGAAGAAGAGAUUGGUGGAUUUGACGAUCAGAGAUACGCCGGAAGUGAUCUUUGAAGGAGAAAAGCUGCCAGAUGGGGUCACAGGUCACAAGUCACAGUGGAGUACACUUCCUGAACCGUCGUCUACAUCGCCUCUACAAGUGGAGACUGAACCCCGGAUAGGAGAAAUAGCCACAGCUUCUAGCGUCGAAGAACUCGCGCUUCAGCACUAUGCAAGGCGCGGCUACCAUGGCCUGCAUGUGGAGAAUGCGCUUUUCCACCAUUUGUUUGGCCUUCUUCUCUAUCCGAUUCUUUUCUCACCGGUUCCCGCCGUUUUCCAAACGCGCUUCCAGACAUACCCACUUGACCUAUUCACGGACGAUUUCUAUUUAGGCAGAGAACUGGUAAUUCGAAGUCGUUGUGAGGAAAUCUCAGGGUGGAGUCGGGAAGAACUUUUGGCUGAGAUUGUUGAUGCAGACGCUAGGCUACGGCAGAAAAAAAUUAGAGCUGCCGGAUUGGCCUGGAGUUCGUUCGACGAUGUUGUACUGAGACACAUCGUCUCGUGCAUGGACCCCAAAGCUGUGGCGGCUGUAGUCAAGUGCAUGGCAGAAGGGUAUAGAGAGCAUUGUGGUGGGUUGCCAGAUCUGGUACUCUGGCAGUUGCCCUCCACGGACGCUGGAAUCGGGAAAGUGAAGCUGGCGGAAGUGAAAGGACCAGGGGAUCGGUUGAGUGAGAAGCAAAUUAUGUGGAUGGAUGCGUUGGCUGCGGCUGGAUGGGAGGUAGAGAUUUGUAAGAUAGUGGAUACGAACAAGAUCCGCCGCAAAAAGUUGAUUAGAUGAUAUUUAGAGGUAAACAUUACAAUUGACAGCAUCC